UUAUCCUGAUGUUAAUGAUAUUUCUUUUCAUGAUAAGCUGAAAGACUAUGAUAAUAUUGAAGAUUCUGAUAAUGACAAUAUUUCUUUUUAUGAUGAUAAUUUUUCUAUUCAUGAUGAGUCAAUAGAAAAUGAUAAUGUCAUAAGUAUUGAACAUGCUUCUCAAGAAAUACAUAGAUUAUGUUAUAUAGGAAACUCAAGCUACACUAAAAGAAGAAAGAAUCAGCAACAGCGUGAAGCAGCAAAAGAGAUCCUUAAGUUACAUAUCUUUUGGAAUUUGGAUAAUGAGGUUAAGGGUUAUAAUUAG